AUGGGCGACGUUCAACGAACGUUGGGUGGACGGGUUGCAGCCCGCGGUCUGAGUUUUGUGAGUGUCACUAGGCAACGUCCAGGCCGUGGCGCCAACUGCGACAAGACUGCUACGACAUGUGUCUCUCCACCGGGCCCGAAACUUGAGUGUUUAGAAGCACAGCGAGGCCAGGUACGGGGAAAGGGUCUCGGAAAGCAAGACAACAUCUCAUCAUCGGCACUCCUUACUGUCAGGCACAGGACCACGGGAGCCACUGGGGGCUUACGGGAUGGAGAGGCAUCUGACACUAGUCAUGAUACCGGUGACCUGUUCGCUCCAAUUCUCUCUGUAAAGUUGCCUUGGGUCUAUGAGUCCAUGAUCGCUGCUACGUGCUUGACGGGAUGGAGAUAUGAGACUCCCGAAGUGAAGCCAGCCGUUGGUGAGUAUCCGUACUCGGUACCUUUAGGUAAGGUCGGUCUAGGUAUUGCCGCACGACCCAAAUGGCCCAGGGCAUCCGAUAAUACGAAAUACCGAGAGCGGGAAAGUCCCUUCCCGAGCUCUUUCCCCCCCAUCCGUGACAUCAUCCCUUCUCGCUACCGCCGUAGGUACUGCGUAAGGCACGAAGUACUGCCAGCAUGCUGCAAUGACCAAUCCCUUCGCACAUGUUUCCUGGCUGCUCUUUCCAGAAACCUCGUGUCUCCGCCAGUGCCCGGACGUGGCCCCAACUCUCGAUCCCCAAUCAAACCGUUUCCACCUCGAGCCGUCUCAUUGGUUCCGCGGGCUGACAAUGUUUCAACCAGAAUUGGGACCAACUUGCUAGGCUUUCCCAACUUCUUGCCCGUUCUUGCCUGUUCCUGUCAUCAGGUCCCACCCGGUCUCGAAGCCACUCCCCAGUCCAGAAAGUACGUACCGUUAUACGUACCUGAACUGAGCACGCUGAGGUAG